CUAGAAACGAAGAAAAGCCCACCCCAGAAAACCUCAAACCUCUCAUGGCCUGGUCUCACAAACAACUCUCAAUGUUGUUCCUUGCUUACCUUCUUUUCAUAUUCGCGCAACAAAUGUCUUGUCUUGCUUCAUCUCGAAGCUCUUCUCUAGUGGCCCUUACUGAUGCUAGUAACCAUACGGUAAAUGAGGAAGUGAAGGCACUCCUAACAUGGAAGUCUAAGUUAGACAGCGGGAGUCGCUAUACUUUGUCUUCAUGGAAUGGAAGCAGCCCGUGCUCAUGGCGCGGAAUCGAUUGUAAUCCUCUGGGGAGCGUUGUGAGCUUGAACCUUUCAGAUUCUGCCAUACGUGGUACGCUUCACUCUCUCAAUUUCUCCCAUUUGCCCGACUUGUUCACUCUUAACCUUGCCAACAAUCAGCUCUUUGGGAACAUGCCUCUGAGCAUUGGCCAUCUUUCCAAGCUUAUUCGUCUGGAAUUACCUCGAAAUAACCUUUCAGAAAACAUUCCAAUUGAACUUGGGUCAUUACGAUCUUUACAAUUUCUUGAUCUUAGGUAUAAUAAUUUGACUGGCCCAAUUCCCAUUGAGAUAUUUGGCUUGAGCAACUUGACAGAACUAUACCUUUCAUUUAAUAAGCUUUCUGGUUUCAUUCCUAAAGAAAUAGGAAUACCCGAAUCAUUGGCAUCUUUACAAGUUCUCGAUCUUAGGGGUAAUGAAUUGACCGGCCCAAUUCCCAAUGAGAUAGUUAGCUUGGUUAGCUUGACUGGUUUGUACCUUGCGGCUAAUAACCUUUCUGGUUUCAUCCCUAAAGAAAUAGGGAGGCUGAAGUCUCUCUAUUUUCUCCACAUACAGGAGAACAGCAUAGCCGGUCCUAUUCCUUCUUCCAUCGGAAACAUGAGUAGUUUGGUGGAGUUAUGGCUUUUUCGUAAUGAACUUGUUGGAUCCAUUCCAAAGGAAAUAGGAAGGUUGGGGUCUCUCCAUCAACUUGACUUAUCUGUCAAUUAUCUCAAUGGAUCCAUCCCUACAACUAUAGGAAAUUUGAGUAAUCUGACAUUUCUUUACCUCUAUGAGAACCAGCUUUCUGGCUCCAUACCUUCGGAAGUUGGAGGAAUGAGAUACCUCAUACAUUUUCAACUGCCAACUAAUGAUUUAAUAGGUCCCAUCCCAUCCUCCAUAGGGAAUUUGAGCAAUCUGAAUAGCCUUCAACUUUACCAAAAUAAGUUGUCUGGUCCUAUUCCCGAAGAACUAGGAAUGCUCGAUCUCUCUCCGAUCUCGUGCUUAUGAUUAACAAUCUCUCUGGCUCAAUUCCAUCCACUAUAGGUAAUUUAAGCAAGCUCACAAACCUACAGCUAGCCAAUAACAAGUUUGUUGGCCAAUUGCCACAAGAUAUUUGCAGCGGUCGAGUUCUUCAAAACUUUACCGCAAGUGACAAUUACUUCACUGGUCCAAUUCCGCGAGGCCUCAAAAACUGCACAAGUUUGUAUAGAGUUAGGCUCCAAAACAACCGGCUCAAGGGAGAUAUAUCUGAGGGUCUUGGCACAUACCCUUACUUAGAUUAUCUUGAGUUGAGCAACAAUGAACUUUACGGUGAGCUACCAUCUAGAUUGCGUGAAUAUAGCAAUUUGACGAGCCUGAAAAUCUCCAACACUCUAAUCUCAGGCGUGAUACCCUUUGAGCUUGGCAACAUGACCCAAUUGCAUAUACUUGAUCUCUCUUCAAAUAGUCUUGUUGGGGAAAUUCCAGAAGACGUAGGAAAACUGAAGUUUCUUCUAGAGCUUUCACUCUAUGACAAUCAUCUACAAGGCUACAUACCUCGAGAACUCGGAACAUUGCCUGAUCUGUCAAGAAUUAAUGUGGCCGGAAAUAACCUAAGUGGCUCAAUUCCUAGACAACUUGGAGAGUGUUCGAAGCUUCUAACUUUGAAUUUAAGUAGAAAUAGUCUUGAAAGAAGCAUUCCCACCGAGAUUAGCAAUCUUCAAUCUCUUCAAUUCCUCGAUCUAAGUCAAAAUUUGCUCACGGGAGAAAUACCUGGACAACUUGGGCUAUUGCACAAACUGGAAACACUCAAUCUCUCGCACAAUCAGCUUUCAGGUUCCAUUGCAUCGAGCUUUAAUGGUAUGGCAAGCUUGACAUCCGUUGACAUAUCGUAUAAUGAACUAGAGGGUGCCUUACCAAACAUUCCAGCAUUUGAUAGUGCUACAACUGAAGUUGUGAGAGGAAACAAAGGCUUGUGUGGAGUUAUUGCUAGUCUCAAUCCCUGUACAACAACAAGGUUGAAAGGCAAAAACAAAAGCAAAAAGUUCCUGCUGAUUUUGAUUCCCACUUUUGGUUGCUUACUCUCUUUGCUUCUUAUUGUGGGAGCUUCAAGUAUCGUAUGCCGAAGAGUAAGGAAAACAGAGGUUAGUUUGACUAAUGGAAGCAAUGAAAACCCAUGGGCAAUAUUGAGCUUUGAUGGAAAGAUGGCCUAUGAGAACAUUAUUGAAGCUACGGAGGAGUUUGAUGCCAAAUAUUGCAUUGGUGUGGGAGGACAUGGGAGUGUUUACAAGGCCCAAUUGCAAAUAGGUGAGACUGUUGCUAUAAAGAAACUUAAAGAAGCAGUGGACGUUGAAAUUGCCAAUCAAAAAGCAUUUGAAAGGGAGAUUCAUGCUUUGACUGAAACUCGGCACCGCAAUAUCAUCAAGCUCUAUGGCUUUUGCUUGAGUUCUCAACAUUCAUUUCUGGUGUACGAGUUCUUGGAAGGUGGUAGCUUGAAGGAUGUAUUGAAUAAUGAAGAGAGGAUAACAACAUUUGACUGGCACAAGAGAGUGAAUGUGGUUAAAGGUGUGGCUAAAGCUUUGUGCUACAUGCACCAUGAAUGCUCUCCUCCUAUAAUUCAUUGAGACAUAUCAAGCAAGAACAUUUUACUAGAUGAAGAAUAUGAAGCUCAUGUCUCUGAUUUUGGCACAGCUAAGGUUCUAAAACCUUAUUCAUCCAAUUGGACUUCCUUUGCAGGCACCUUUGGAUAUGUAGCUCCAGAACUCGCAUACACUAUGGAAGUGAACGAAAAAUGCGAUGUUUAUAGCUUCGGAGUGAUGACAUUGGAAGUAAUCAUGGGAAGACAUCCAGGAGAUCUCAUAUCGUCUCUUAUGUCCUCAUCUUCAUCAUCCUCGCACCAUUCAACAGACUCUUGGCCAUUGAAAGAAGUUUUAGAUCAAAGAAUUCCAUACCCAAAAGGUGAUGUGCUAGGGGAAGUGGCAUUUGUGACGAAGAUGGCAUUUUCGUGCUUAAGUCCCAAACCAGAGUAUCGUCUGAGCAUGCAACAAGUUUCUCGAGCGAUAUCAGCACAUAGCUCAACCGUGUUGACCACACCAGAGGACAUCAAAUUGGAAGAAGUAGUCGGUCCUACAUGCUUCACUAAUUGAGAUAUUUUAGCAAGCUGUCUCUUGUAUUAUAUUUAUCUUAGUCAACUUCAUUAUAAAUUGUUGCAAUAUUUCGUUAAUUACUCCAAAA